CACAUACUCCCUCAUCACAACCUCACCAUCUCCUCCCACACUCUCUUAUUUCCUCUUGCGCGCUUUCUGGCGUUUUGCAUCCGGGUCUAAUUCUGCCUUCUCUUUCUCCGAUACCCUUUUAGUUGCCCGCGCUCCCACCCAUCCGGUGAGCUCGGAGCUGCCUUGUCGCAAACAUGGCUCAGCGACAGAUUCCAUUGCAGGUUACCCAGCCGGUCCUGUUGACCAACCUGAACGUCCUCCCGGCAUCGAUAUCAUGGCAAAACUGUACCCUCGAGUCCGAUCACUACGUCUGUGUUCGCCAACAGGGCAAUGAAGGUUCACCUGCCGAGACGGUCAUUCUUGACCUCAAGAAUACCAACAACAUCAUCCGCCGUCCAAUUCGAGCAGACAGUGCUAUCAUGCACUUGACGGAGCCAAUCAUUGCGCUCAAGGCACAACAACGGACGUUGCAGUUGUUCAAUCUUCAGACCAAGGAGCGCCUGCAGACCUACACACACUCCGAGGACGUCGUGUUCUGGCGGUGGAUCAGUCAAACUACCCUUGCUCUCGUGACUGCCAGAAGUGUCUAUCAUUGGGAUGUUCUCGGCGCGAAAUCAAACCCUACCAAGGUGUUUGACCGUCAGGAGAAUAUGGAGAGCAGCCAAAUCAUCAACUAUGUUGUCAAUGACGAUGAGAGCUGGGCUUGUUUGGUCGGCAUUGCUGCCAACCCUGGCGGCGGCAUCAAGGGCAACUUGCAGCUGUUUUCCAAGGCUAGGAACGUGAGCCAGCCCCUCGAGGGUCACGCAGCGACAUUCGGCACGAUCCGUCUGGAGGGAGCCAGCACAGAUACUAAGCUCUUUGCUUUCGCUGUGCGAAAUACUGCUGGAGAGGCCAAGCUGAACAUCGUAGAAGUCGACCACAACCCGUCUAACCCUGCGUUCCCGAAGCGUCUGAUUCCGGUGCACUGGCCUGCUGAAGGUAACGGAGACUUCCCUCUCGGCAUCCACAUUGCCCACAAAUACAGCCUUAUCUUCGUCAUCACCAAGUUCGGUUUCAUCCACCUCCACGAUCUCGAGACUGGUACUGCACUGUUCCUGAACAGGAUAUCCGAGGAGACUGUUUUCACAACUGCACGCGAUGAGGAUGGUCGUGGCGUCGUGAUCAUCAACAAGAAGGGCCAGAUCCUCCACACAACUAUCAAGGAGGACGUUCUGAUCCCCUACGUUAUGGACAACCCAGCCUGCGCCGAGAUUGCCUACAAGCUUGCUUCAAAGGGUGGCCUUCCAGGAGCUGAUCAGCUGUAUCAACAGCGUUUCGAGGGUUUGAUGCAGCAGGGCAACUACUCUGAGGCUGCAAAGGUCGCCGCAAACUCCCCCCGCGGAUUCCUGCGAACCGGCCAGACCAUGGCCAGACUGCGACAAGCUCCCAACCAGCAAGGCCAGAUUACCGUUCUUCUCCAAUACUUUGGACAGUUGCUUGACAAGGGUGCCUUGAACAAGGAGGAAACUUUGGAGUUGGCUCGCCCAGUCUUCGGUCAGGGACGUAAACACCUGAUUGAGAAGUGGCACAAGGAGGGCAAGCUUUUCUGCUCCGAGGAGCUUGGAGAUAUCGCAAAGGCCCACGAUCUAAACCUUGCUCUCGCCAUUUACAAAGACGCAAACGUUCCACAAAAGACUGUUGCUGCUCUUGCCGAAUUGGGUCACUUCGAUCUCAUUCUGCAAUAUGCCGAAUCUGUAGGAUACCGACCUGACUACAACGUACUCCUUCAGCAUAUUUUGCGCGUUUCGCCCGACAAGGGAGCUGAAUUCGCUUCAACGCUCGCAAAGCAUGAAGGGGGACCUCUAAUCAGCAUCGACCGGGUUGUAGACAUCUUCCAGUCUCAGGGCAUGAUCCAGCAAGCUACCGCCUUCCUGCUUGACGUACUCUCGAACAACCUUCCCGAGGAGGGCCCGCUCCAAACCAAGCUUCUCGAGAUGAACUUGUUGAACGCUCCUCAAGUCGCAGACGCUAUCCUUGGAAACGAGAUGUUCUCUCACUACGACAAGGCUCGCAUUGCCCAGUUGUGCGAGAACGCUGGCCUGCUGACCCGCGCUCUCGAGCACAAUGAAGACCCUGCAGCCAUCAAGCGCAUCAUUAUCCAGACCGACAAGAUCCCAGAAGACUGGCUCAUCAAUUACUUUGGUCAAUUAACUGUCGAGCUCUCACUCGAGUCGCUUGACGCUAUGUUGGCAUCCAACAUCCGCCAGAACCUGCAGUCUGUCAUCCGAAUCGCACAGAAAUACUCCGAUCUUCUCGGAGCCAACAAGAUCAUUGAGUUGCUCGAGAAGUACCGCACCGCCGAGGGUCUCUACUACUUCCUAGGAGGAAUCGUUAACGUCAGCGAGGACGAAGAUGUUGUCUUCAAGUACAUUGAGGCGGCUACGCGUGUUGGACAGCUGAACGAAGUCGAGCGUGUUUGCAGGGAGAACAACCAUAUCAACGGCGAGAAGGUAAAGAACUUCUUGAAGGAGGCCAACCUCAGCGAACAGCUCCCUCUCAUCAUUAUUUGCGACCGAUUCAACUUCGUCCAUGACCUGGUCCUCUACCUCUACAAGAACCAGCACUUCAAGUCCAUUGAAGUCUACGUACAGCGUAUCAACCCAGCACGCACACCCGCCGUUGUUGGUGGUCUUCUAGACGUGGACUGUGAUGAGGGCAUCAUCAAGGGAUUGCUGUCUUCCGUCACACCGUCCUCUAUCCCUAUUGACGAGCUUGUCUCCGAGGUCGAGUCCCGCAACCGUCUCAAGAUGCUCCUUCCAUUCCUUGAGCAGACGCUCCAAGCAGGCAACCAGGAACAGGCCGUUUACAACGCUUUGGCCAAGAUCUACAUUGACUCCAACAAUCAGCCCGAGAAUUUCUUGAAGAACAACGAUCUAUACGAUACGCUUGUUGUCGGUAAAUACUGCGAGAAGCGCGACCCCAACCUAGCAUACAUUGCGUACCGCAAGGGACAGAAUGAUUUGGAGUUGAUCAACAUCACCAACGAGAAUUCCAUGUUCAAGGCCCAAGCCCGCUAUCUCCUCGAGCGCGCCGAUUCGGAGGUUUGGGAGUACGUUCUCAGCCCUAACAACAUGUACCGACGAUCUUUGGUCGACCAAGUCACGUCGACUGCAGUGCCGGAGUCCUCUGAUCCUGACAAGGUCUCCGUCGCUGUCAAGGCCUUCAUCACCGGAGACAUGCCCGUUGAGCUUAUUGAUUUGCUGGAGAAGAUCAUCUUGGAGCCGUCUGGUUUCAGUGACAACUCAUCUCUUCAGAACUUGCUCAUGCUCACUGCAGCCAAAUCUGACCGCGGCCGUAUGAUGGGCUACAUUCAUCAAUUGGAAAACUACACCCCUGAAGACAUCGCGCAACAGUGUAUCGAAGUUGGCAUGUACGAGGAAGCCUUUGAGAUCUACAAGAAGCACGAAAGCCAUGUUGACGCUAUCAAUGUCCUCAUCGACCACAUUGUCAGCAUCGACCGUGCCCAAGAAUAUGCCGACCGUGUCGAUACACCCGAAGUCUGGAGCAAGGUUGCAAAGGCUCAGUUGGACGGUCUUCGCGUGACCGACUCCAUCGAAUCCUAUAUUCGCGCUCAAGACCCAUCGAACUUUUUGGAGGUCAUUGAGGUUGCCACCCAUGCUGGCAAGGAUGAGGAUCUCAUCAAGUUCUUGAGAAUGGCCCGCAAGACUCUCCGUGAAGUCCCCGUUGACACCGCACUUGCCUUCUGCUACGCUCGGACAAACCAGCUCCCUGAGCUUGAGGACUUUUUGCGAGCCGCUAACGUUGCCGACAUCGAAGCAUCCGGUGACAAGGCCUACGAAGAGGGUUACCAUGAGGCUGCCAAGAUCUUUUACACCAGCAUUUCCAACUGGGCCAAGUUGGCAACCACCCUUGUCCACCUUGAAGACUACCAGGCUGCCGUGGAUUGCGCCCGCAAGGCCAACAGCGUCAAGGUGUGGAAGCAAGUUAACGAGGCCUGCGUGGCCAAGAAGGAGUUCCGCCUCGCUCAGAUCUGUGGUCUCAACUUGAUUGUCCAUGCUGAGGAGCUCUCCGAUCUUGUCAGGCAAUACGAGCGCAAUGGUUACUUCGAUGAGCUUAUCAGUGUGCUCGAGGCUGGUCUUGGUCUCGAGAGGGCUCAUUCGGCUAUGUUUACAGCCCUGGGUGAAGCUCUUACGAAGUAUUAUCCCGAGCGCGUUAUGGAGCACCUCCGUUUGUUCUGGUCUCGACUCCAGAUCCCAAAGAUGAUCCGAGCCACCGAGGAAGCUCACUUGUGGCCUGAGGUCAUCUUCUUGUAUGUCCACUACGAUGAGUGGGACAAUGCCGCUCUUGCCAUGAUGGAGCGUGCAGCAGAUGCUUGGGAGCACCAAUCUUUUAAGGAUACCGUGAUCAAGGUUACCAACUUGGAGAUCUACUACCGUGCAUUGGGAUUCUACCUUGAGGAGCACCCGACUCUUUUGACCGACCUUCUCCAGGCCCUCACCCCCAGGAUCGAUGUCAACCGUGUCGUUCGCAUGUUCCUCAAGUCCGACAACAUUCCGUUGAUCAAGCCAUUCCUCCUCAACGUCCAAUCCCAGAACAAGCGCGAGGUGAACAACGCUCUCAACGAUCUCCUUAUCGAAGAAGAGGAUUAUAAGACUCUCCGCGAUUCGGUCCAGAGCUAUGACAACUACGACCCUGUCGACCUUGCCCAGCGUCUCGAACGCCAUGACCUUGUUUUCUUCCGCCAAAUUGCCGCCAACAUCUACCGCAAGAACAAGCGCUGGGAGAAGUCUAUCGCUUUGUCAAAACAAGACAAGCUUUUCAAAGACGCCAUCGAGACCGCCGCUCUCUCUGGAAAGUCAGAGAUCGUCGAGGAUUUGCUCCGCUACUUCGUCGACAUUGGCAGCCGCGAGUGCUACGUCGGCAUGCUGUAUGCCUGCUACGACCUCAUCGCCCCACAUGUCGUUCUGGAGGUUUCAUGGCGCAAUGGUCUCCAUGACUUUACUAUGCCAUACAUGAUCAACUUCCUUGCUCAACAAGCUGCCACCAUUGAGACGCUCAAGAAAGAUAAUGAAGAGCGCAAGGCCCGCGAGGCUUCUCAGCAGAAGAAAGAGGACGACACGCCGAUCCUUGGAUCACGCCUCAUGCUGACGCAGGGUCCUAUGAACUCAGCACCCUCGCCAGGACCUUACAACCAGGCCAACGGCAUCGCUCCGCAGCCGACUGGCUCCUGGGGCUUCUAGGGGCGCGCACUCUGAGCAUGAUUAGUACGAUCUUUCUUUAUAGGCAGACCAUGGCACAUUCCUAUUCAUUUACAUAAAGUGCGAAUAAAUUUUGUGGUAUUUGCAAAAGAGGGAGAGACGGAUUGAUAGUUGGGGGAUUUUGCAUCUCUGGUUUAGCGGGUUUCGAUAUCAAGAAUCGAAAGGCCGAGCCGAGCAGGGUGUAUUCUACACGGCGUUCAGGAUGACUUUGAUGUUUGGUGUCAUGAUCUCCUCCCAUGCGCCAAGCGGUUCCCGACCCUUUGUAUUCUAGCUAAUAUAUUCGACGUGGGUGGCAGCCGAUCAGUUUUAAUUUUCAAGUACAAUGUUGGUUCGAGUGAUGAUAUUUGC